AUCCAACCAACCAACAAAAAAAUAUUUUUUGUGAAAGCGUAGCGCUAAGAGAAGUACUGCGUUUCAGUAAUUUAAUUUGUUACAAAAUAUUAUCGCUAUUAUUUAAUAAAACAUGUGCAUGAACUCUUGACUUAGUUUCCAGAUAUAACACAAAGUAAGCUGGCCAAGAUGGUGUCAACGAGGCAGAUGAGUAGCGUGGUGGGCAGCAGCGGCAGCGGGGACGGCGCUGGGCCCUCCCACAGCGAGCCCGUGGCGGUGUCUCGCGUGACCCGCCACUCCAGCGCCUUGCUCCCCGGCGGCUCGUCUCCUCACGCUUCCACUUCCAAGUGCACUGCUUUAGUGCCAGCUCCUAAGAUCUUCAACACCAACUUACUUGACCUCCCAAUUGAAGUUAUUGAGAAGAUUCUCAGCUACUUGGGAUACAAAUCUGUGUCACAACUCAGGAUGGUCAAUCGGCAAUUCAACACCAUAUGCAGUGGCAUUUUAAAUUCUAAUUUUCAACGCCUGCAAAAUCAGAUGUUGCAUAGAUUUCAGUCGAUAAAGGCCAAGAUGCCACGUAGGGAGAGUGCUCGUAGGAGCCAUCCACUCGCUUGCGAAUCGGAUAUAAUUGAAACAUUGCACAUGCGACUUAGCUUACUGCAGAUGACUUUUGGCAAACACAUUGAGAGGAAACAUUGCUGUUUCUUCCCUGGAGAGAUAUUGGAUGAAGUUUACAGCAUUCUAUCAUACCUAAAAACAACUACUAAGUUAGCAAGGCCUUACAAAGUAACUGAUGAGCUAUUUGACCUGACUACAAUGGCUAUGGAAUACUUCAAGGAACACAUUGAACCUAACCUACCAGAGAUUACCUAUUUUGGUACCGAUUUCUUUGAUAUCACCACUGCAUUUUCACCCGGCGAGAGCAGUAAAUCCUACAUGUGCCUGGAUUCCCCGCCGCCGAGCGGGUUCGAGUCGUCUUCUCAGCAGCAAGGCGAGAGCUCCUCGGGAGACCGCCGCGUGUCCUCCCUCAAUAUGUACAUGGAGGAAAGCCUGCCUCCGUCCCCGCCGCCGCCUCAGAGCAAUAUGGUGCUGCGAAAACGGAUACACCGCAUCAAGCAAGGAAUGAAGAAAUACAACGACCAGCUGUCAGCGCUGCGCAGCGACCUGCGCAGCUGCAAGCGCAAGACCGCGCUGCAGCAGAAGCAGAUCGCUGAGCAGCAGAAGCAGAUUGCCGAGCAGCAGAAGCAGACGCUCGAGUACGCCAACCGCCUGGAUGACUAUGACAAGAAGAACGAGGAGACCAGCCGCAAAUUUCAAACUUUGCUACAGGAGCUAAACAAGUGCAAGACGGAGCUUCAGUACUGGCGCUCGCGCUCGCCGGCCGUGCCGCCGCUGUGUGCCGAGUGCGGUGCCGCGCUGCGCGUGUCGCCUGCCUCGUCGCUGGCGCAGGUGCGUUCGGGAUAUAUCGCUGGGUGGCGUUGUGGGAACAGUGGCGAGCGGGCCCUGAGGAGUAUUGGUUGCACCUGAUGCGGGCGUAGUGAUUUCUUUUGUAAUGUUUAUUAUAUUUUUUUACUUCAUGGUGUACU